AUGGGGACUUGCCAGUCAGUUUUCGCCACCGUCGAAUCGAAGGAGCAGUACAAGAUUUCAAAGUUGGAAAGUACCACCUGGAGAGUGGAAACUAUGAAUUUCAGGAGAAUAGAUAAGGAGCUGGAGAAAAAGUCAGACGGUCUUUUGCAGAAAAUCCUUCUUUUGGGUCCAGGAGAAAGCGGAAAAAGCACAUGUCUGAAACAGAUGAGGUGUUGAGGUGAAAAGAACAAGCUGGAAAAGGUUCUUACAGACUCAUGAUGCACAUCGGCUUCACAGGACCGGAGCUGGCCGAGAAGAAGGCGCUCAUCUACGUGAACAUCGUCCAAGGCGCCGUCGCUGUCCUCGAUUUCAUGGAGAUGCAAGGCCUCAAGCUGCGCAACGGCUACAUAGACGUAUGAAUCCAGCUAGACGAGAUUGGAAAUUGAUUGAAGGACAAUGAUUUUACAGGAUAAAAGUCUGGUUUUCGCGCACAGAGAGACCACUGGUGAAAACCUCCCCCGCGGGGUUGUGGUGAGUUAUCCGAAAAAUUUACCGAGCCGACGAGUAUAAACUUAUCAAAAAAGUCAUUAAAAAAAAUUCCUUACGGACUCGAGAAAAAAGAGAAUCGAAAAUAUUGUUUCUCUGCUAUUGCAUUCCACAUGAUUAUUAUUUCUCCGUUUUUGGCUAUUUUUUCUCCCUUGCAAAAUAAAGCAGAAAAAGAUAUUCACUCCGUUAUUUUUUUUAAAGUUAAAAUAUUUCUGAUGUUCGAGGUUAUAUGUCAAAACUGAUUCAUACAAAAUCUUAUUACUUAAUUUGAAGAUAAUUAAAGUUCGAGAUGUGCCUUUCUUGUUAAAUAUCCUGAAGAAAGUGAUGAAGAAAUGGAUUGCAGGAAGCCCUGCAAAGACUUUGGACGACGGAACAGUUCCAGAAGGCCUACGAAAGUCGGGGUACCUACCAUGUCCACGACAGCAUAGCCUAGUCAGUUCUAAUAUCCCCAUUGAAACCUUCUUUUCUUGAGCUUUUUCGAAAAUCUCGAGCGUAUUUCCGCGGAUGAUUAUGUUCCCAACAGCACGGAUAUUUUGCACACAAGGGUGAGUUAUCAUGGAUCUACGAGUAGAUAAAUUCAAAUACGGAGAUAAUGAGAAAAAAAAAUGGAAAGAGUUAGAAGAUCUUUUCAGUCUCGAUUGUUUCUGAAAAAUUACACAAACAUAAUUGAGGUACUGGAAAAAAUUUUUUUUAAAGCGAUCUUUUUUGAGGCUUCCGUCAACAGAAACUCGGAGUUCGUUUUUUUUUUUCGUACAUUUGUUUUAUACGCAAACUGUACGAAUUACCUAAAAAUGUUUGGUACAUCCAGACUGUUUAUCAAGAAUUGUUUGAGCAAUUUGUUUUUUUCGAAAUGACAGAGCAAAAAAAAUUAACUUCUGUAUAGGCAAUGUUUCCCGACUUGAAAGGCGAGGGAGGCGGGGCAGAGGGCGAGACGCGUAGCGUGUGCGUUCGCGGUUCUUGGCACGUGUUCAAUUCAACCGCCAUCGACUCUUUGAAAAAGCCCGUUUUUUUCGCUCUUUUUCAUUCCUUUUUCAAUUAUUUAUUGAUUAUGUUCAUGUGUGCAUCAAAAAAAUAGUAGAAAAACAUUGAAAAAAGAGCGGUUGCCGAGUUUUUUUAAAUAGUCGGCGGCAAUUGAAUUGAACUUGUGUCAAGAACCGCGAACGCACACGCUACGCGUCCCGCCCCUUGCCCCGCCUCCCUCGCCUUUCAAGUCGGGAAACAUUGACUAUAUUUGAGGAUGAAAAAAAUCUUAAAUCAAUUUCUUUCAAGUUUGAAAAAAAUUUCUAGACACAAUACAUAUAAAAUCACAAGCUAUGAAAGGUAAAAAAAUUAUUGCUUUUUAUGUUGUGAGUCUACUUCAAAAACUCGAGCGUGCUUAUUCGUUUUUUUAUGAAUUUCAACUUGACGUACUUGGCCAUUCCAGCUGUUUCAUAUGUAUUUCCUUUUCUUGGGGUAACACUUGAUAAGAAAAAAAGUUUGUAAUUCUGAUAUCAAUUUCUGAAAUUUUUGUGAUGAAAUGGAAGUUUUUUUGUUUAAGUAUUUUUAAACUGGUUUGAGUAGCAAGCAUCGGGAUUUGAUAUCACAAAUACUUGUUUUGGUGCUGACAUAUGUGGUCAAAAGAUCCAAGUUUUACCUUUUUCAAAAAUGAACUUUGUUCUGCCAAUUUACUCAUAUCUCAUCACCCGAACAAUAUAAAGUCUAAAAAAAGCUUCCGCAGACUAAUAUACCGUAAUGGUUGAUAAUUUAUAAUAAUUUGUGCGUCAUAAAUACGUCUAGAUAAUUGUUUGACAAAAAUAACUUUGAGAGACGGAUAAAAAACUAAUUCGGUGAUUGAACCCUGAGAAAAUAUUAGGAACUUGCAAGGUUCUUCCCGUUGUGAGGCUAGAAUUGAGAAGACCUCUCUGUGUUGAAAAAUUUCAUUGAGUUUUUGAAGCAAAAAGUAUUUGCAGAUACCGACAACAGGCGUUGUACAAAUCAGCUUCUCACUGAAAGGCAUUCGAUUUGAGUUAGUUUCAACUCCGAGAAUCGAAACUUGAAGAUUCUCAGAGUAUGCGACGUCGGCGGACAACGGUCGGAGCGGAAGAAGUGGAUCCACUGUUUCGAAGGAGUCAACGCGGUUCUCUUCGUCGUCGCCGUCAGCGAAUUCGACCAGGUCGUCCGAGAAGACAAUCAGACGGUUUUCCGAUUCAUCUGCCUUCCUCAAGACUUCUUUUUUGCAGAACCGGAUAGAAGAAGCGCUGAAGCUUUUCUACGAAAUUGUCAACUCUCAAUAUUUCAAAGAGGCCUCCAUGAUUCUUUUUCUGAACAAGAAAGACUUGUUUGCGAAGAAAGUCCAGAGCGUUGAAGUUGCCACGUUUUUUCGCGAUUUCUCAGGUAGACUUCUGGAAUUUGAUUGAAAAGUAGUUUGUGAGCAGGUGAAAACUCCUACGAGAACGCGAUCGAAUACUUUCGGAAAAAGUUCAAACGUUGUAUUUUGUCUAAGACGAGAAAGCCGUGAGUCCUCAUUUUUCCUGGGAAAAAAGCUCAAUGGAUAACUCUGGCAGUUCAGAUACAUACACGAGACAUGCGCCAUAUCGAAUACGGUUCAAAUUGUGAUCAACAGCGUGAUCGACACGAUCAUCCAGGAAAACCUCAAGGACACUGGCAUGAUCUGA